AACCAUGUCAACCAGUUCAUAUGGAUGGUGUGUUAGCAUUAAAAUUAAACUUUUGGCCACAAGAAUGUCAAUCGUUUUUAAAACGUAUAAAAAUGAAUCGACCACAAUUAUAUGAAAUAAUCAUAGUAAAUCCCAAUGUAUAUGCUGUAUCAAAGUCAUCAAACAAAUAUUCAUCAGAUACAAUUGAAAGUCAGUUAGAAUUUCGUUUAUCCUUCUCUAAAAUUGAACUUAAAUUAGCUGAAUUACGUACAAAAGAAGAAAAAAUAUUAAAUGGUAUUGCACGUACAAUAUUUCACAAAUAUCUACAUAAAAAUUUAAUUAUUGAUCAACAAUACUUACAAUCAUAUUUUAUCAAAACAACGGUAUUAUGGAUGUGUGAAAAAUAUUGUUUUAAAUAUAUGUCAAAAAAACAAAUAGCUGAAAAAUGGAUCAAUUUUACAUGCCAUCUAUUAGAAAAAAAAUAUUGUAAACAUUAUUUUAUUAAAAAUUUAAACUUAUUAAAUAUUUAUUCGAACGAGUUAUUAAAACAAGCUAUAUCAAUAUUAAAAAAUGAUGUUGAUUUCUAUUCAAUCCAUCAUAAUAAAAUACAAUCUUCGAUAACAGGUCUUGAUGGACUGUUUGAUGUUGCACCAGAAACUAUUGUAAAAGAAGAUUAUUUUUAUGCAGCUUUAGAUUAUAUUGGGAACAUAGUCCUUCAUUUUACGCGUUGGCUCUACUUAUUGGAGUUUCACUCAUACAAGGUACAAUUAAUUUAG